AUGAAGACGAAAUUCCUUAUCCUGAUCACCGUGGCUAUGAACAUGAUUGGGACGGCGCUCAGCAUCAGCCACAUGGUGGGUGCACCGGGCGGUUCAUGGGACCUGCAGACGAACUACUCCCAGUGGAUUUCAAGAAUCAGGUUCACCACUAGCGAUGAGCUUCAUUUCCUAUACCCCACCACCAUGUACAACGUGGUGGAGGUAAGCAAGGCAGGGCACGACAGAUGCAAUGCCUCCAACCCCAUCGCAAAAUUCUCAACCGGUACCGAUGUUGUCUCGCUCGCUGCCACCGGGACACGGUACUUCAUCUGCAGUUUUCCCGGGCAUUGUGUUGCCGGCAUGAAGGUCCAGGUCAAUGUCAAGUCAAAAAUAGUGCGGACUGUGCAACGGUGUCGAGGGACAGGGAAUCGGCGUCGGUGCCAAUCCAAGACUGUACCGAGCUCAGCUGCGGCGGCUGGCGUUUAUCAUUCUGUGGUGGCCAGGCUCAGUGUGGCAGCAGUUGUGGUUGGUCUUACGUUGUUUUUUUAG